GCUUCCCGCUUUACCGGCUGUGAACGCUUUGGUCGCUGCCCGCAGAGGUGUCACGUUUCCCACAUCUUCCGACUCACACCGACAGGACUCGCUCUCACACUGAGCUAUGCCAAAGAAUAAAGGUAAGGGAGGUAAAAACAGAAGGCGAGGUAAGAACGAGAAUGAAUCAGAAAAACGAGAACUGGUAUUCAAAGAAGAUGGACAAGAAUAUGCUCAAGUAAUCAAGAUGUUGGGAAAUGGCAGACUAGAAGCCAUGUGUUUUGAUGGAGUGAAAAGGUUAUGUCACAUAAGGGGGAAACUGCGAAAAAAGGUUUGGAUAAACACAUCAGACAUCAUAUUGGUUGGCUUACGAGACUAUCAAGACAACAAAGCAGACGUCAUUCUAAAAUACAAUGCAGAUGAAGCCAGAAGUCUGAAAGCCUACGGAGAACUUCCAGAACAUGCUAAAAUUAAUGAAACAGACACAUUUGGCCCUGGUGAUGAUGAUGAGAUUCAGUUUGAUGACAUUGGAGAUGAUGAUGAAGAUAUUGAUGAUAUCUAACGCAAGACGAAUAUUCCAUUCCAAAUUCCAAGGAUUUUUCGGCUAUGUUUUGUUUUUGAGUGCUGCCCUUCUAAAGAGAUGAUAUUCUCCACUGAAUAAAAUUUAUUUUCACAGUUUUAAUGUAUUUAUAUUCAUUUAGGUAGAGGUCAAAAAAGCUUGAUCUGGAAAAUCGGAGAGGUGAAAUUUUAAAUUCCUAACUUGAGCUGCACUAUUGUGCUCUGCCUGUAUAAAACGAUGGGGGACAUGCUGCCUUGGAGCUGUUCUCCACCAGAUGAAUCCACUACUACACCUGGUCUACACAGUGGUUUUUAAGUCUCUAUCAUGAUUGCUUGGAUACUUGUUGGAUUAAGGAGAUUCAGUACCUGUCCACUGCACAUGCCUUGUCCAUGAUAAUUGUGCUGUGUCUGAAACUGUUGCAUUCAUGAUUUUACAUAAUCCCCAUUUUAUACCAGUUAAAUAUUCAAGAUACUGCAUCCUCGUCUCCAUUAUGGUUAUUCUUCUGAUACUUCAGUUGGUUUUCAUAUUGUUCUUGGAUGUAACUAUUAAAUUGUGAAAUAUACAGUAUACAUGAGGUUUUUAAGUACUGAAUAAAUCUUUACUUAAUACAUUUAA